CAGUUAUCCGUUUUGGCCGCACCAGUAAACUUCCAUGAAUCUGAAAAAUUUCCAAAUUGCGUAAAUCUUGAAUUUCUUAGUUACUUCGAGGCUAUCCUUGAAAAACUUUAUUAACACUAUGCAUUUGAUGUGCGAGCGAUUGUCGUCGAUUUUCGCGGGCGUCUUAGUGGGUUUGUGGUACGCCAAGACUUUUCCCGAGGACGACAAGGGCAAGGAUAAGGGCAAGGAUAAGGGCAAGGAUAAGGGCAAGGAAAAGAAGAAGUAG